UCCCUCUGGUCAGUCGGGCAGGUCCAGAUGAGUCCUGUGUGUGUCCUCAACCAUCAGCUGUGGUGGGACUUUUGCUUCACAGAUUUUUUCUUCAAAACUCACACAGGUAUCAGUGAACAUUCAGACUUUACGCGCACCUGGCGGUUGAUCUGAAGCACAGCCUACAGGGCGUGGAAAAGCCGGGAAUUGUUUUCGACGCUGGUUUUCCAACAUCGCCCAUAGUUCUUCGGAUUUCCCUAACAAAGUGUACUGCCUCCCCGGCUUUUUUCCCAAGGAAUACUGUUUUUUCCUACUAGCUUCAGUGACCUAUUUGGGAGACGAAUAAUGUAAAUCUUUCCUCGCGAUCGGUCUCUGGCAGUUUACGAACAGAAAUCUUGAUCUGCCUUCGCGAGUUGUUUCUCCAGAAAGUGUCUCUGCAGCAGCACUCAAGAGGAUCAGAGGAAACAAAAGAGGAGGAGGAGGGCAGACAGAGGGGGAAAGUCAAAAAAGAUGGAGUGGAGGGCCCUGGCAGUGCUGUCCCUGCUGCUGUGUUUUGGCUCAUCUUCCUGUGAUGAUAUUCAAGACCAGUACGUGUCUCCAGCGGUCAUCAACAAUGUCGUUCAGGACCCUCAAACUGGACGAAUCUACCUUGGUGCCGUAAAUGGGAUCUAUCAGCUGAACUCUAAACUACAGCUGGAGAUCAGUGCUGGAACAGGCCCUAAGAAUGACAACCCACAGUGCACUCCACCGAUCACUGCACAGUGCACUGAUGCGAAGGAAACGGACAACAUCAACAAACUCCUGCUGGUCAACUCCGCCAAUGGCACCCUAGUUGUUUGCGGAAGCCUUUUCAGGGGCAUCUGCUCUUUGGUAGACCUUCAGAGCGUGGACAAACCGGUGUACUACAGUGACACCAAAGGCGAGAAGACAUACGUGGCCAGCACCGAUGAGUCUGUUGCAGUGGUGGGGGUCAUUUCUUAUUUUAUAGGUGAUAAUUCUAACAAAAACCUCAGCGUAUUUCUAGUAGGGAAGGGCUACGGUGCCUCGGAUAGCUCAAAACUCAUCAGCACUCGGUUGCUGCAGGAGCAUUUGGAAAUGGAUGUUUUUGAGAACAUGGUUGAAGCUUCCACUGUGCAAGCUAGCUCUUUUGUCCAGCGCUACCUCCACGACUUUCGCCAUGCAUUCAAGGAUAACGGUUACAUCUACUUCCUGUUCUCACGCACUUCGGGCACCAGUGACAGCAGGAAGAUCACGUUUAUAGCACGCUUGUGCGAAAAUGACCAUCAUUAUUAUUCUUACACCGAACUUCAGCUCAACUGCACCGCCAGUGUUGAACAACACGAGAACACUUACAACAAGGUCCAAGCGGCAUAUCUGGCCAAACCUGGCGAAGUUUUGGCUAGGAAUAUCAACUCUUCGAAUCUCAACGAUAAGGUUCUAUUUGUUGUGUCUAGUGCAGAUGAGGAUGGUGGUCGAUCAGCCUUGUGCAUGUACCCCCUCAGCAGUAUUAACAAUAGGCUUGAGGAGGUGAUUGAAUCCUGCUACAUAGGAGAAGUUCUGGAGGACAAGAAACCAAAGACCGUUUAUUCACCCUACUCAUCCAAGACAGAUUUCAACUGCGGGAACCAAAGAAAUGGUUUUAUGAAUAUGGUGAAGGAAUAUAAAUGUGGUGCAGAGUUCCUGCCAUCUCCACUAGCCAGUAGACCUGAGUAUGCUCUGUCUGUCAAACCCAUCUACACCCGAAAUGACAUGCUGACGGCUGUAGCUGUAGCGGUGGAGAAUGAGCACACGGUGGCAUUCUUGGGAACCGGUGGAGCAGAUGUCUUAAAGGUGCAUCUUGAUCCCAACCGCACUGACUUUUAUCACAGGAUUCAAGGGGAACGCGCAGAGGGUGGGGUGAACAAAAACCUCUUUUUUGAUUCAACUUCCGAUCACGUGUACAUCACCACUGGCAGAAAGAUCACCAAAGUGCCAGUGCAGGCCUGUGAGCAGAAGAAUGACUGUCACUCAUGUGUGUCCCAACGGGACCCAUAUUGUGGCUGGUGUGUGUUGGAGGGCCGUUGUACAAGGAAGAAGGAUUGUCGCAUGGGAGAUGCAGAAAAUGCCUGGUUGUGGAGUCCAAAACAAACAUGUGUAGCCAUUCAGUCCUUUGAGCCCCCCAACAUCAGCUGCAAGAAAACGCAUAGGACCCCGGUGGAGAUUAACAUCCUCUCCCUCCCCAGUAUCAACAGUCCUGACAGACUUAUGUGUGAGUUUGGUGACUACAGAAGUGACGCUACUAUGAAAGGCACACGGGUCAUUUGUGAUCUCCCGACCUCGGAGUUAAUCCCACCCACACCUGAGACACUAGAUUUUGUGGCAGUGCCAGUGAAAAUCACAGUGAAUGACGGAAUUGAAGUGGCAUCCGGUGCGUUUGAGUUCUACAACUGUGCAGCCGUGGUGAAAAGAACAGAGAAUACUCCGUGCAUCGCAUGUGUGACCAGUAAGUGGGGCUGCCAGUGGAACAUUCAAGAUCACACAUGCAGUGAUAGUGUUGAGUCUGUCGAGGAAGAUCUUAUCAUCAAACACUCUGAGGGUGACAGGUGUCCUCAGUUUGAGAUCCCUAAACCUCUGCUUAUUCCUGUUGGCAUCAAAACUCCCAUCCAAUUUCAGGGCAAAAAUCUAGAAAAAUAUUCGGGCAAAACCUUUCAGAUUGGCUCUGAGCUCAUGAAACAGGUGGCCGAGGUGACUGUGGUGUCUGAGGGGUCAACGUACAAAUUUGAGGGAUAUGAGUUCGCAUAUGACAAAGAGCCAGAGGUCAAUGUGACGUUCUACAUAAAGGAUAAGGACACAGAGCGGAUGAUUGACAGCACCCUCAGAGUGGUGCUCUACAAUUGUUCAGUAAGACGGGAGGACUGCAGUCUGUGUAAGAACGCUGACCCGAAGUAUAACUGCGUGUGGUGCGACACCCCAAAAUCCUGCAUCUACAGAAGCCUGUGUAACACGGAGAUGCAGCAGUGUCCACCUCCAAAGAUCACUGAUAUUGUUCCCCGGUAUGGGCCGAUGAAUGGACAGAUCUCUGUUACAAUAAAAGGCUCUAACUUGGGCAUCAAGCAGGAGGACAUUAAAAGAAUCACUGUGGCUGGAGUGCCAUGUACACAUCAGCCGGAGAGAUACUCGGUCUCUACCAGUGUUGUAUGUGAGAUCGGGACUUUCCCCGCACUACCCCCUCUAGACCUCCCGAAUGCACCCAGCCUGUUCGGGCCAGUGGAAGUGGAAGUGGAAGGGGGGAGAGUAGGACAGUCGAAAGUGUUAUUCACUUACAGGGAUCCUGUCCCCUUGGCUGUGUCCCCCUCUAAAGGCCCAGCUGCUGGAGGAACCAUCAUCACUAUCAUAGGACAGGACUUGGAGACGGCUAGUAAAGAUGACAUCAGCAUAACAGUGGACCGAGAGCCUUGUGAAGUGUUGACAUUUGGCCCAGAAAUCACCUGCAAAACAGGCCCAUAUAGAGGACAGAAAAUUCCUUCAGAUAAGUUGCCUGUUAUUGUGAAGUACGGCAAGGACACUUCCAAAGAAGUCAUUGGUUUCGAAUACUCAACAAAUCCCAAAGUUACAGACUACUUCCCACAGGCCAGCUUUGUUUGCGGAGGCCGUAAGAUCUUGGUUAUGGGAUCUGGAUUUGAUCAGGUGCAAAGAGCCACCAUGCGAGUGCUGCCCUCUUCUGACGAGCUCAAUCUCAACUCUGGCGACAUAGAGUUCGUUCAAGAAGUUAGCCGCAAGAACGAAUCCGUACUGGAGUUCCUCUCUCCGGAUGUGAACAAGACAUAUGUGAACCUUUCCUUAAGAACAGUCAUCCAGCUGGACAACGUGGUGGAGAACUUGACUAAUUUUGUUUACCAUCUAGACCCCACGUUCGAAUUUUUGGCCGAAAAAGCGAUCACGGAAAGCAGCAUCAUCAAUGUUAAUGGUCGUGGUUUUUCCAAAGCCAUGACUGCCAGAGAGGCCCAGGCGUUUGUGGGCGAUGAGCCGUGCGUGGUGACAAUCCUAGAUGAUGAAAAGUUGUUCCUCGUGGCCCCCUCCAGCCCUCCUAAAUCCACCUCCAAACGCCAUCGCAGAGACACCAGCUCAGAGGCCAUGGAGCUGCUGAUCAAAUUCGGAAAAGGCGAGUGGAAAGUCGGAUCUGUACGCUUUGAGAGGAAAUAUGAGGUUCCUCUUUACAUCAUCAUUCCUGCUGUCCUCAUUCCCAUGGUCCUCUUCAUUGCAGCGUCGGUCUAUUGCUACAGGAGGAAAAGCCAGCAGGCAGAACGAGAGUACGAGAAGAUCAAAAAUCAGCUGGCGAAUUUAGAAGAGAGUGUCCGAGAUCGCUGUAAAAAAGAGUUCACGGAUCUUAUGAUAGAGAUGGAGGACCACACUAGUGAUCUGAGCGAAGCUCGAAUCCCAUUCCUGGACUACAAGAACUACACCAACCGCGUUUUCUUCCUGCCCUCCAAAGAUGGAGCCAACGAUGUCAUGAUCACUGGCAAGCUGGAUAUCCCAGAAUCCCGCAGACCCAUUGUAGACCAGGCUCUCAACCAGUUCUCCAAUCUCCUGAACAGCAAAACCUUCCUAAUCAACUUCAUUCGUACCCUGGAGGGCCGGCAGGAGUUCAAUGCCAGGAAUAAGGUUUACUUUGCCUCCCUGUUGACGGUGGCGCUGCAUGGCAAGCUGGAGUACUACACGGAUAUCAUGAGAACCCUCUUGCUGGAGCUCAUGGAGGAAUACGUCCACAGCAAGAACCCCAAACUCAUGCUCCGCAGAUCUGAGACCGUUGUGGAGAGGAUGUUGUGUAACUGGAUGUCCAUAUGUCUGUACCAGUUCCUGAAGGACUCAGCCGGUGAGCCACUCUAUAAGCUCUUUAAGGCCAUUAAACACCAGGUGGAAAAAGGUCCAGUUGAUGCCAAGAUGAAGAAAGCAAAAUACACUCUAAACGACACAGGACUUCUGGGGGAUGAUGUGGAGUACAGUAUUUUGACCCUGCAGGUACUGGUUCACGGUGAGGGUCCCGACGUGACCCCUGUCAAAGUCCUGAACUGUGACAGCAUCUCCCAGGUGAAGGAGAAAAUCAUCGAGCAGGUGUACAGGAAUCUGCCCUACUCCCAGAGACCCACGGUGGACAGCGUCGCACUCGAGUGGCGCCCUGGCUCUACAGGGCAGAUCCUGUCUGAUCUGGACUUGACAUCACAGAAAGAGGGAAAGUGGAAACGAAUCAACACACUGGCCCAUUACAAUGUGAGGGAUUGUGCCACCCUUGUCUUGUCUAGAGUUCUGCACACCCAGCAGUCUUUCGACCAGAAUCAAGACAACCACGAAGAAAGAAAUGCUUUGCUGGAGGACGAUAAGGUAUUUCACCUGGUGAGACCAGCGGAUGAGCUUGACGAAGUGAAAUCAAAGAGAGGGAGUAUGAAAGACAAGGCCACGACGAAAGCCAUCACUGAGAUUUACCUGACCAGACUGCUCUCAAUGAAGGGCACACUGCAGCAGUUUGUGGAUGAUUUCUUCCGCAGUGUGUUGUGUCCCGGGACAGUGGUUCCACCUGCGGUCAAGUAUUUCUUUGACUUCUUGGAUGAACAAGCUCUAAAACAUGACAACGUUGAUGAGGAGACCAUCCACAUUUGGAAGACCAACAGUUUGCCUCUACGGUUCUGGGUGAACAUUUUGAAAAACCCUCACUUCAUGUUUGACGUUCAUGUGACAGAAGUGGUAGACGCUUCUCUGUCUGUCAUCGCCCAGACCUUUAUGGAUGCCUGCACCAAGACUGAACACAAACUUACCCGGGAGUCCCCCAGCAACAAACUACUUUAUGCAAAGGAAAUCUCCACUUAUAAGAAGAUGGUUGAUGAUUAUUACAAAGGCGUCCGGCAGAUGGUUCCAGUCAGUGACCAAGACAUGAACACGCACCUUGCGGAGAUUUCACGUUCUCACACAGAUAAGUUAAACACCCAGGUUGCAUUGCACCAACUUUACCAGUAUGCCAGCAAGUACUAUGACGGGAUUAUCUCGUCGCUGGAGGAGGACCCUGCCGCCCAGAGCAAACAGCUGACCCUCAGACUGCAGCAGAUCGCCGCUGCGUUGGAGAAUAAAGUGACCGACCUUUAGUGUCAGGAGCCCAGACUUGCGAUAGGAGACGGAAGUGCCACUAAAUCCAAGACGCAGCUCAAUUUAAUGGGCUCAAAUAUAAGAACAUCCCUUCUGGAGGACUCUGGUUGAUGGGAGCCUCUGCUCCGGCGAGUGAAAGAUAAAGUGAGGUGGAACACAGACUAUUUGCGGACCCUUCCUUUCCUCAAGGCUUUCAGCUUUGCUCUUGAUUCAGCGUGACGAAUAUAAACUCUGAGCUGAGGGGAACGUCAACUCACUAUGGUACUUCUCAGAUCAGCACCUGCACAAUGAAAGUCCAGCAUUUUUUUUUUUUUUUUUUUUUUGUUCUUCUAUGCCAAUAAUCAGAUGUUCGGUAUAAUCUUCCUGUGUAGAUGAAAUAAAAUAGUAUUAUAUGUAAAUAUAUUUUUACACUUAAGGCAGCGAGAGAGAGGCUUUAGACGAAACAAAUCGAGGAUUGUUUCUGUGGAAGAGCACCAUUUGGUUUCCCUGUGUAUUUUAAGUGCCACUUUCAUUUCUGUGCAGUGAUCGUCAUAUCCUGUGGGUUCUUUGACGCCAUUGGCUCACGGUUCUGUUUGUGGUAGCACUAUCGAUUUGUAUUGGUGUCCGUGAUGCUGAUGUGCUUAUUUUGUCCCUCCCAAUAACUUUUUAUUGUAUUUUACUGGUUAUUGCGUACAAUAAUGUCAUUGAGUCAAUUUCCAAUUUAGACAAUGUUCAAAAGAACAGGGCCAUUUUUGCAGAGCGAUUGUCCAAGUCUCAAAAACACAGCAAGCGCAUUUGAUCCAUGACACUCAGAACAAAGGCCAAGGAAGCUUUAAUCUACCGUCCCUUUGGUGUCUAAUCCAGCAGUUACUUUUUUAUGUUUUUUUACCCUCUUUGCUUUUAUAUAUGUGCACUUCGACUUCGGCUUGCCUUAUUUUAUGACACAAUUAUGAUUUUGUAUUUUAAAUCAACAAUACAAGACCGAUUCUAUUAAGGAGGUUUACAUUGCUGGUUGCCUUUCUUUGAAAGAAGUGCAACACUCGAAUAGUAGAGAAAUGUCUUUGAAUGUGAUUACGAAAAAACGUGAUUUUUUUUCAGCAUUUGUUUGGACCGAGCGACUCGUAUGGCAAUUAGAUCAUGAUAUCAUAAAAUGAAUUGAAUUCAGUUUAUUGGUACGGUUUUAUUUUGGAAAAAACGUUUUCUUUUAAAAAAAUGAUACAUUUUUAUUUUAUUUGGAGCUUACCAAAGUUUUUUUUUUUUCCGCAGCUGUCCGGAACCAUCUAAUGCAUCUGUUGUUUUAUAUCUAUCAAAUUAUUUAGUUUAAAGUGUGAUUUAAUUGAUAAAAAUUUAUAUAGUUGAUAAAAAAUAUAUAAAAUGGUAAAGCAGCUGAUGGUAAUCUUAAUCUGUCAUCCGACUGAAUUUUUUUUUUUUUUUUUUUUUUGUAAUUUGUGAAUGGUACGAUUUUCCCUGUAUAUUCUGACUCAAUUGUGCCAAGCACUGCACCCUCUUAAUGACUAAAGAAUAAUGUGGACUGUAUUGUUUAGUCACAAACUUUACUUGUGGGAGUGACUCAUGUUGCCUUUUGGUAGGCGGUGACAGUCACUCUGCAGCCAAUCAGAGGCUGGCACUGCCCAUUCUGAGCAUGAUGGACACAACAGGAAAUGCCUUUGAACUGUAAAUAUAGCCAGACUGCCAAGAUUUCACAUACUUUUCUCCUUUUUCUCGCUCCUCCUGCCAGUUCUCCUGUGUUGUCUAGCUACCGUGUCAAUGGCUUACUGUAAAGCUUCUUGUUUGCCUUUCUUUACCAGGUAGUGCCUUACAAAUACGAGUAAUAAUGAUCAGUUGUGUGGUGAUUGUGUCUGCAUUAAAAAUUGCAAUAGGGACCUUA